UCUAUAUCUUUCUCUUCCUCCCCCUCUCUAUCUUUCUCUUCCUCCUCCUCUCUAUAUUUCUCUUCCUCUGCUGCUAUAUCUUUCUCUUCCUCCCCCUCUCUAUCUUUCUCUUCCUCCCCCUCUCUAUCUUUCUCUUCCUCCCCCUCUCUAUCUCUCUCUUCCUCUGUCGCUAUAUCUUUCUUUUCCUCCCCAUCUCUAUCUCUCUCUUCCUCUGCCGCUAUAUCUUUCUCUUCCUCCCCCUCUCUAUCUCUCUCUUCCUCUGCCGCUAUAUCUUUCUCUUCCUCCCCAUCUCUAUCUCUCUCUUCCUAUGCCGUUAUACCUUUCUCUUCCUCCCCCUCUCUAUCCCUCUCUUCCUCUGCCGCUAUAUCUUUCUCUUCCUCCCCCUCUCUAUCUCUCUCUUCCUCUGCCGUUAUACCUUUCUCUUCCUCCCCCUCUCUAUCCCUCUCUUCCUCUGCCUCUAUAUCUUUCUCUUCCUCCCCCUCUAUAUCUCUCUCUUCCUCUGCCGCUAAAUCUUUC